AUGGACAUUCGGGUCAAACAGCUGGCAGUGAUGGCCCUGCUUGCCCUGGCUGAUGCUCCCCUGCCAAAGCCAGCACGGGCCCCUCUGGUUCUGCACAAGCCUUUCAUGGUUGUUUGGAAUGCACCAACCGAGCAGUGCAGGCUGCGGUACAAGGUGGACCUGGAUCUCGGUGUGUUUGACAUUGCAUCCAACAUCAAUGAGACUCUGAGUGGAUCCAAUGUGACAAUCUUCUAUCACACUCAUUUGGGACACUAUCCCUACUACUCAGAUAAUGGAGAUCCCAUUAAUGGAGGGGUGCCUCAGAACGAAAGUCUUAUCAAACACCUGAGCAAAGCAAAGUCUGACAUUGACUACUGCAUACCCAUGAAGAAAUUUCAGGGACUUGCAGUCAUUGACUGGGAAAACUGGAGGCCCCAGUGGGAGAGAAACUGGGGCAAUAAAAGCAUUUAUAGAAAUAAAUCUCUCGAGAUUGUUAGGAGACGGCAUCCUCGGUGGUCAGAGGACAAAAUUAGGAAAGUGGCUAAAGAGGAAUUUGAAAAUGCUGGCAGGAGUUUUAUGAAUAACACCAUCCUUCUGGCUGAGCAUAUGAGACCAAAUGGUUUGUGGGGUUACUACCUUUACCCAGACUGCUACAACUACGAUUACAAAGAACACCCCCAAACAUACACAGGGAAAUGCCCACCCAUUGAGUCUUUCCGCAAUGACCUCCUGCUUUGGCUGUGGAAGGAAAGCACUGCUCUCUACCCUUCUAUCUACCUGGAUUAUAUACUCAAGUCAAGUCCAAAUGCACUAAAAUUUGUUCACUUUCGGGUUAAAGAGGCAAUACGUGUUGCCUCAAUUGCUAGAAAAGACUAUGUUUUGCCUGUGUUUGUUUACUCCAGACCGUUUUAUGCCUAUACUUUCCAUGUUUUAACAGAGAGGGAUCUGGUCAAUACCAUCGGGGAAAGCGCAGCUUUGGGAGCAGCUGGAGUUGUUCUCUGGGGCAGUAUGCAAUAUGCCAGCUCAAAGGAGAGCUGCUUAACCGUGAAGCAGUACAUUGAUGGACCUUUGGGACAUUAUGUCAUCAAUGUGACCUCAGCAGCCAAACUCUGCAGUAAAGUCCUGUGCAAGAAGAAUGGAAGAUGUAUCCGCAAAAACAGCGACUCUUCUGCUUACCUCCAUUUGUCACCUGCUGAUUUUAAGAUCCACCACCAUCACUCAGAGAGGGGCCCCAAGUUCCAGGUGAUUGGGGAGCCCAGCCCAGAGAGUAUUGAAGCCAUGAAGCAGAGAUUUAUUUGUCAGUGUUACCAGGGCUGGACAGGAAUAUUUUGUGAAUUGCCUGACCAGGGGUUAUUGGAAGACUGGGUUCAUGUAGUGUUUAGUAAAUCAAGAAAACAAAGCCUUUUUAUCUUCCUCUUUGGAGCCAUGCAGCUUCUUCUGCUUUGUUCUACACACUAA